ACCGAAUACAAACUAGACCCUGAAUUUCAAUAUAAUUACGAUUAGACCCCGCCUUCUUCUUCUUCACUCAACUUACUCACUUCUCGAAAAUACUAGUACAAAUCUGCAACUACCAUUUUCCUCUUCAGUCUUCACUCCACCGGAAAUGGCGCGUCCCACUACAGCUCAGCCUUCUUCCUCCUCCAACUCCCGCCCCGGCAUGGUGGCUCCGCGAGGAUCAGCGGCGGCAGCAGCCGGAAUGCGCCGCCGCAGGCUUGGAGGUUCCUCCACUGUCAGCUCCGGCGGCGGGGCUUCAGGCGGCCCAAGCAACAUGCUGAGAUUCUACACCGAUGACGCCCCGGGGCUGAAGGUUAGCCCGACCGUCGUCCUCAUCAUGAGCGUCUGCUUCAUCGGCUUCGUCACCGCCCUCCACGUCUUUGGCAAGUUCUACCGCUACCGAUCCGGCGGCGAAGCCUGAUUCUCGGCUUUGAUUCUUACUUCUCAGAUCCUGAAGACCUGAACUAUCACGAUCACCGGUAACUUGACCCCGCGAGGGUCAAAUUAAAAUAUCUCUUGUAAAUUCUUAUCAAAAUUCCCCCGUUUCUUUGGAUUUGAGUUUCAUUAGGAUCAAAUAUGUGAGAUGAAAAGGAAAGUUGGAUGAAGUUUGAGUUUAAAAAGCUGUUUUGAUCCUUGAAGUGUGAUGGUAAUAUAUGUAGUACUAUUGAUUUCCAAUUAUCUGCUCAGUCAUAAUAUUUAGAUCAGAGUUCAAAUAA